AUGGAGUGCGAGGACCUGGCGAUUAAAUGGGCGAUCGCUCAGCUGAGGUACUACAUCUUAGGCCACAAGUUCACCCUGGUGACAUACCAUGCACCUUUACAAUGGAUGGCCUUGCACAAGAGUCGAACCCACGAGGUGCUUCUUGAACCUAAGUUUUUGGACAUUUACUGCCGGGGUGUCCUGCAAGCCAAUGUCGAUGCCCUUUCUUGGGGGUUACAACCUCUCGGCCAGCUGGACAUCUUUAAAAACCCAAAGCUGUCCAUCCAGAAGUGGUCUGACGCAUCGAGGUCAGUCAGCUUCAUCCUACCCCGUAAGAUGAGAAGAAAUGAGCGACGCAGCACCAAAAGAACGGUUAACGUGAGAGCGAGCAGUGAAGACGAGAUACGGCGCCCUUUUAUACUCGGCCUCCUGAUCCUGAACCUUCAUGUCUGGAGCAUCACAGUGUCAUCUCACCCUGGGGGCCGUGUGUCACUCACCUGCCCACUCACUUGUCUAACUGUCUAUAAUGACGUGAGGAUGUGGUACAGGCAGAGGGCAUGGCCAGCCUCCAGAGCCCAUGCUGAAGAAAUACAUGGGCUCUCCCAUGUAGACUGUGUGUGCUAUGACACCCUCCUGGACCGCAGAAGAAGAUCCAAAUUAAAACAAAUAUUGAGUAAAAUAUCCAAUGGACGGUGAACUAACAAAAUCAGAUGGGGCCUGG